AUGUCUGCCAAAAGGACUACGGCAGAAAGUGGUGAUUAUCUUUCAUUCGGUGAUCGAAACUUCGCCUUAUCGACGAUCAGAGUGUGGGACGAACACAACCAAAAAGUACUUAAAGGUGACAUCAUUCGUACAACCGACAAAAACACAGCCAUAACUAAGAACGGUAUUAUCAAAGUGAACCAAACAUCUUGUGAGGACUUCAGCGAUAGUACCGACCAACUAAAGCAUCGAGCUAGACACAUCAAUUACUGGAAAUCUGAACUAGAGAGAGCUAUACGAGAUAUGGACGCUGAAAUUAAUGUCACGGAGGCAUUAAGACAGCAACUUAAAAAUGCAAUUGACACACUGAAAAUCCCAGAGUACAUUACAGAGGAAUGUUUAGAUAUGAGAAAGUUGAGAAUGCAGUCUGAUCUGAUCUAUGAUGAGCCUCAAGAAGAUCUAUUUACUGAAUGUGCUUUGAUUGAAAAUGUGAAGAAACUACACAGAGAGUUAUUGAGGGAGAUAGAAUACCAAUUAGAAAGGAAUAUAGCGUCAAAGAAUUGGUUGGAGCGUGAUUGGAGCGAUAAGUAUUUAGCGUUCAAAUACGAAACUGAUAAUGUUGAAUUGGAAACUAAAUCUAUGCAUGUCAAGGAUUCAGCGGGUGCUACCAGACUUUCUGAAGGACAGUCCAACGUAUCAUCUUGGGAGCAACACACCAUCAACGCUUUGAGCGAUUUUAAAACCGCCAUCGACAAGUCCAAAGCCCUACGGGCUAAGGUCGACGCCGUUCUUAUCAACACAUCGCGAGAUCUUCGCUCCCAGGACAUCAAAGUGAACAAAACACUGAGCGAGAGAAUUGCAAGAACGGAGGAAGUCAAAACUGAUUUGGAGAACCAGCUAAAACUGACACUGCAAAAGAUUGUCGAAACUGAGAACAUUCUGGAAAUAUUACACGAAGAGAUGUUGAAGGUCUCACAGAGAAUACAAGUAGCUCAGACGAGAUUGAACACAAAGAAUUGCAGACCCAACGUCGAGAACUGCAGAGAAGGUUCUUUGAUUGCGCUGAUUGAAGAAGUAAGAGAUUUGAAUGAUAGUAUGAGCUUGUUGCAAAAGAGAUCUUUGGAGACGGAGAAAUUGAGAGCUGAAUUGAUUCACGAGAGGUCUAUAUUAGAGAAUGAGAUUAUUGUGAAGAAGAAGACACUAUUCCUUGAUAACCAGAGGUGUUUGUUUUUGAGGUCGCAUUAUCAGUCGGCGGAGAAGAUGUGUGGGUUUUAA